AUGGGUGGCGUGGUUGGUAGCAGCAGGUUGGUUAGCAGGGGAGCUGCCAUGGGUGUGAGAAAGAAGAAGAUCUUGGGGUUUGGAUCUGCAGUGGGUGUUGGUUCUGCAGUGGGUAUGGGUGGCUCGGCUGGCAGUGUUAGAAGGUUGGUGUACCGGGGUAGAGAUGUUGGCUUGCAGCAGCAUCGGCGUGGUGUGGGCAGCAGCAUAGGCGUGGGUGGCGUGGGCAUAGGGUGUUGUAGCAGCAUAGGCGUAGCAGAGGCGUGGUGUGGCUGCAGCAGAGGUGUGGGUGGCGUGGGAAUAGGGUUGGCUGGGAGUAGCGUGGGCAUAGAGUUAGCAUAG